AUGGUCAGUAUUGAGACAUUUAAUUUAGUUUUCUUCAUUUCGCUGGCAUUUGUUGCAACUGGCGAUCGAAUACCCAAUGAAUAUCCAGUAGCAUCUAAUAAUUAUGGAGCUGUCGGUAGGGGUUUUACGCCAGCAGGCCAGUAUGUCAUUUUGCCAGUAGCGAAUGCAGCAUACACAAAUUCUGGCGGUGUCGCAUAUGCUGUUGUUGGUGGCUAUAAUUAUGGUGCAUCUGUCCCCAAUUAUAGAAUUUCAGCAUCCAAUCCUAUUCCAGUUUAUGUAGCUCCUGAUUUGCAAUAUGCUCCAGCAUUCGCAUCGACAAAUUCCCAAUACGCCCUAGCUGCUAGUUCUCAAUUUAUACGAAACGGUUUACAGUUUGCUGCCUCCAACACAAAUGCACAAUAUGCAACACCGGGUCUUCAAUAUUUUGCCCCUGGUUCACAAUAUUCUUUACCAAAUUCCGCCUAUAACCCAGGAGGCUUUGUUGCACCUCUCAUUCCAGCUUCAAAUUAUGCCUUAUCGCCAAUAUCAUCUGCUACAAAUAAUUAUCAUCCUUUGCCUUCUCAACCUAUUUACAGUGGACCAGGUUUGAAUGAAAAUAUUUACAGAGUACCUAAUACUGUUAAUGCCGGAUCGCAACCAUUGCCUGUCUACCCUACUGGGCAAUAUCAGGGCUAUUCAGGUGUUAUUGGUGCCAGCAAUACUAAUCCUAUUCAAGUACCAGCUGGGACCAGUUCAACAUCUUUUACCAAUACAAACCCUGUUGUCAGCACUACCACCACUGCAAGUGCCACAUCAACGCUACACCAUGGAAGUUCUGCGACCAACAUUGAUACAGCUUUACAUGAAGACGUGCCCACUCCACCUUUUGUAACCUAUUCAUCUCCUGAAGAAACUGAAAAGAAUUCGAAAACAGUUCCUGAUUCUAUUGCUGAUGCUAGCAACUCGGAUCCUCUGGUCACUUCAAGUUCUGAGAAUUUCGCAAAAUCAGCCGAACCUGAGCCUGCCCACACCUAUUCCGAUGAAGAGGGCUAUCGUUACAAAAAUCCACAUCAUAAAUGA